AUGAAAACUCUAGUUGGCUUAGCUACUAUUGGACUGAUUUACAUUGAAGAUUCAAAUCUACCGCCAGAUGAAUUUAAGAACAAAGAUGAAGAGAUAUCAUGUGGUAUAAUUGAGCGGCAAUCCGAAAAUGAAAGCGAUGAUGAUCAUGUUGAGAACUUUUCAGAAUUACCUUAUCGUUAUUUUGCACAAGUUUUGCACAAGUGA